GCAGAUGGGUUCAGUGAGGAGUGUACCUAACCAUUACCUACUCUAGAAAAAUUAACCCAUUCUUCACUUAAAGUAGAACAAGCACCACAUUUCUCUCUGUUUCUCUCUUCUCCUUGUAUAUCAUAUGAAGAUGAAUUAUCAAAAUUAUAAUCUGUUCAAAGAGGAUAAGUUUCGUAACUUGGGAAGCCCUAAUUUUUUAUUGAUCUAUUCACUCUUUCUAACCAUGAUUUUCAGCUGCUACAUGCUUCAUUUUUCCUUCAGCCCAAACAUUAACUUCAUAACCAAACAAGAUUCAGCUCCUCCUACUGAAUCCUUACACGUUACAAAUCACUCUCAACCAGCAGAUCACAAAUCCGAUUGUGACUUGUUGAACGGUAAUUGGGUUUUAGAGGAGAAGGGUAAUUAUUCUCUGUAUUAUACAAACUUUAGCUGUCCAACAAUUCCGCAUUCAAAAAACUGUUUGUUGAACGGAAGGGCAGAUGAAGAAUUUAUGCAGUGGAGAUGGAAACCAGAAGAAUGUACGCUUCCCCGUUUCAAUGCUAAAACGUUUUUAACAUUUGUUAAAGGGAAGACGAUGGCGUUUAUAGGCGAUUCCCUCGCAAGGAAUCAUAUGGAGUCCCUACUCUGUAUUUUAUCAUCGGAAGAAAGUCCAAGAGACGUGUACAAGGAUGUUGAAGACAAAUUCAGAACAUGGUUAUUUCCUCGUCAUAACUUCACUCUCAUGGUCCUCCGCACAGAGUUUCUUUUCUUUGCUACUGAGAGAAUUAUCAAUGGUUCGUUCACGGGCGGAUUUGACUUGCAUUUGGACAAAUUAAAUGGGAAUUGGACUCAACAUUUACCCAACAUAGAUUAUGCUAUUUUCUCAGAUGGACAUUGGUUUCUUCGGCCUAAUUAUCUUUACGAAAAUGGCAACCUUAUUGGAUGUGUUUAUUGUGGGGAAGCAGGGGUUCAAGAUCUUGGCCCUGGUUAUGCAAUUCGAAGAGCAUUUCAAGCUGCUUUCAACUACAUAAACCAAUGCGUGGAAUGCUCAGGUCUUGUUGUGCUUUUGAGGACAUUCUCCGCGGGUCAAUUCGAGCAAGGAGCAUGGAAUGAAGGAGGAUUUUGCAACAGAACAAGACCGUUUACUAGAGAUGAAGUUAAAAUUGGUGAUCAAGAUUGGGAGUUUCGGAACAUUCAAAUAGAAGAAAUUGAAAGAGCAAGAAAAGAUGGAGAAAAAUUUGGUAACAUGUUUGAACUUAUGGACGUGACAAGAGCCAUGUUAAUGAGACCAGAUGGACAUCCAGGAGCCUAUUGGGGCAAUAAAUGGAUGAAGGGCUACAGUGAUUGUAUACAUUGGUGUUUGCCAGGGCCGAUUGAUACAUGGAAUGAAUUUUUACAGGAAAUUCUUAGAAGAAAAUUCCCCAAUUUUCAUUGAUUUUAGUGAAAGAAUAACAUUCUCAUUUUAUUCAAUUCAAAAUUUUCUUCUUUGAGUUAUGGAAGUGGCCUUCAGCCUAAAUGGAUUAAUAAUUGUAAAUGAUGUUAAAUUAAUGUUGUAUAAUACAAGAAUAAUGCUAAUUGUUCGAUUCA